CUCCCGCUCGCCGUCGGCACCCCGCUCCCAUCCUCACUCCGCUCGCGCCGGCCGUCGCCUGGUCAUGUCAGGAUGGAGAUCCGGCAGCACGAGUGGCUCUCGGCCUCCCCCCACGAGGGCUUCGAGCAGAUGAGGCUGAAAAGCCGCCCCAAGGAGCCCUCGCCAAGCCUGACCCGAGUGGGCGCGAACUUCUACAGCAGUGUCAAGCAGCAGGACUACAGCGCCAGCGUCUGGCUCCGGAGGAAAGACAAGCUGGAACACUCGCAGCAGAAGUGCAUUGUGAUCUUUGCCCUGGUCUGCUGCUUUGCCAUUCUGGUUGCAUUGAUAUUUUCAGCUGUGGAUAUCAUGGGAGAGGACGAGGAUGGACUCUCAGAAAAAAAUUGUCAAAAUAAAUGUCGAAUUGCCCUGGUGGAAAAUAUUCCUGAAGGCCUUAACUAUUCUGAAAAUGCACCAUUUCACUUAUCACUUUUCCAAGGCUGGAUGAAUUUACUGAACAUGGCCAAAAAGUCUGUUGACAUAGUGUCUUCCCAUUGGGAUCUGAACCACACUCAUCCAUCAGCAUGUCAGGGUCAACGUCUUUUUGAAAAGUUGCUCCAACUGACUUCUCAAAACAUAGAAAUCAAGCUAGUGAGUGAUGUAACAGCUGGUUCAAAGGCAUUAGAGGCCUUGAGAUUAAAGGCCUCUAAAAAGAAUUGGCAUGUGAGAGCCUGUGAAAACAUAGAAGCUGCUGGGUAUCCCUGGGAAGAGGAUAAAGCCUUCGUGAGUCUGCAUGUUUCACCAGGUGGCAUUGGUUCUCAGGUGUCUGCUAUUUGA